GCCGGUGUGGGUGCUCAGGGAGGAACUGACAGCCAGUCCUCUUGAGCAAGAGGCAGCGGGGAGAGAAGAGGGAAGAAUUAGGGUCAGCCUGCGUGGGGCUCUGGAGGGAGGGCGACCGUCGGCGGCGGCCUGUCUGGCACGACAUUGUCCCGGGACAUGGAACUUUUACUGCUAAAAUUGGGAGAGUCCCAGGCAGGCCAGGAUUGCUUGGUCACCCUUGCUGGAGGCCACAGGAAUACUUGGAUUCCUUUAUUAUGAACUUCAGCCAAGUCCCUUCUUAGACAGACAUAGCCCUCAGCCGCUGAGACACCACUGGCUGGUAAGACGUCGCCCCUCCUACUGGCCGAAGGGAAAGAGGCACAAAACAGGCAACGCUCCCUGUGGUUGGAGGGCGUGACCAGUGAGACUUUAGCUGGCAUGAUUUCUCCUGAGAGGAAUUUCGGAGAUUACUUGGCAUGUGAUGGUAUAUUAUUUGAGAUAACAAAAGGGCCCAGGGCAGAGGAAACCCGUACUCCGCGGUGGCCUGUCUCAGCGCUGCCGGUACAUCGGAAUCACCUGGGAACUUAACCAGAAGUGACCAAGCUCACUCCUGGAUGCUAGUCACCAGCCAAGCUUUAGGUACUGUGUGGAGAAUAGCAAAGGGGUCAGUGAUGUUGGCAGCUUCAUGUCUGGUGGCCGCCCUCUGCUACUUCAGGACGAUGCACUGCAAUUUCGGGCACUGGCUGAAAUGGUGGAUUGGAUAUCUGCAGAGAAAAUUCAAAAGGAACCUCAGCGUGGAGGCGGAGGUUGAUCUGCUCAGUUACUGUGCGAGAGAGUGGAAAGGAGAGACACCACGUGCCAAGCUGAUGAGGAAGGCUUACGAAGAGCUAUUUUGGCGGCAUCACAUUAAAUGUGUCCGACUAGUAAAGAGAGAUAACUAUGAUGCUCUGAGGUCAGUGCUGUUCCAGAUAUUCAGCCAGGGCCUCUCCUUUCCAUCCUGGAUGAAAGAGAAAGACAUUGUUAAGCUUCCUGAAAAACUGCUCUUUUCACAAGGUUGUAAUUGGAUCCAGCAAUACAGUUUUGGUCCUGAGAAGUAUACAGGUUCCAAUGUGUUUGGAAAAUUACGUAAAUGUGUGGAAUUAUUGAAAACACAGUGGACUGAAUUAAGUGGAAUUAAAGAUUAUCACAAGAGAGGAAGUAUGUGCAACAUCCUUUUUUCUGAUGUUCUUCUGGAAUAUAAACUGUAUGAAGCUUUAAAGUUUAUCAUGCUAUAUCAAGUCACUGAAGUUUAUGAACAAAUGAAGACUAACAAGGUCAUUCCCAGUCUUUUUCAACUCCUGUUUUCCCGGGAAACAUCAUCUGACCCUUUAAGCUUCAUGAUGAACCACCUGAAUUCUGUGGGCGACACAUGUGGACUAGAGCAGAUCGAUAUGUUUAUUCUUGGGUACUCCCUUGAAAUAAAGAUCAAAGUGUUCAGGCUGUUCAAGUUUAACUCCAGAGACUUCGAGGUCUGCUACCCAGACUUGCCGCCCAGGGAGUGGCCAGAGAUCUCCCUGCUGACGGAGAAUGACCGCCACUACCACGUUCCCGUCUUUUGAGUCCAGUGUGGACUGGGUACCAGCUCUCGCCAAUGGCAGUGGUCCUACUUUCAAGGAAAGUCCAGCUGGAAAACCAAAGCUAGCAUCACAGCCAUUGAAAGGAUCAGGACCUUCUUCCCUGGAGGGGCAGGUGCACUGGACGCAGGGGUGCACGGAUAUCCUUUGUUUUCCAGCAGUUUCCUCCAAAACAGCCUCACUAAUAUAUUUGUGGGUUGGUGGUUUGACCUUGUUCAUAUGGGCUCUGGCCAUUUCACAUGCAGCAGGCAUUUCAGGGCACAAGGACAGUAAAUUUGGGCAGUACAACACCAGGAAAAAAUCGAGAGGAAAAGGGGAAAAGGACUAACCAGGAAAGACUUUGUCUCUAACCUCAAUGUUCUCGUUAGGAACCUUGUCUUUGACUGAUUCUGGAUCUUCAUAAGCGUGGCCUUAUUUUAGAAGCAUUACCUUCCCUGGAAUCUUUAUGGUAUAUUGAUUUUUCUAGAACCACUUGAUUAACUGUAAAAUUGUGUGUGUGGGUGUACACACAUAUAUACAUGUGUAUACAUUGUAUAGUUUUAUAUAUACAUAUAUGAACACAUACACACAAAUAAUCACUACUUUGUAAUGUUGUACAGUUUGUUUUAUACUGCUUUACAUUUUUUUGUUACUGUUGCAUCUGGCUGGUCCGAUUUGUUUUAUAUGGAUAAAAGAGAUUAAUUCUGUAGAUGAAGGCAACUGAAUGACAAUUAUUGAACUAUUACAAAACAUUGAACUGUGGUGUAUUUAUUUACAUGUCUAUUUAAUGUGUGGUAGCUAGAAUCAUGCCACCCUAACCCCUACCAUGUCUAUGUCAUAAUCUCCAGAACCCGUGAAUAUGUUGGGUUAAAUGGCAAAGAAGAAUAAUGUUGCAGGUGGAAUUAAGGUACUAAUCUGACCUGGAAAUAGGGAGGUUAUUCUGGGUUCUCCAGGUGGGCCCAGUAUAAUCCCCAGGGUCCUUAAAAGGGGAUGAGGGAAUUGGAAGAAUGUCAGGGCCAAAGGGAAAUGUAAAAUCCAGAACGGAGAGAGACACAACAUUUCUGGCUUUGAAGAUGGAGGAGGGAACCAUGACCGAAGGAAUAGGGGUGGCCUCUGAAAGCUGAAAAGGCAAGAAAACAGAGUCUUCCCUAGAGCCUCCAGAUUUUAGCCCAGGGCAAUCCGUGUCAGACUGCUAGCCUACAGAACUGUAAGAUAAUGCAUUUGUGUGGUUUAAGUCACUAGGUUUCUGGUAAUGUGUUAGAACAACAAUUGACAACUAACGUACUCAAGGUAACUAAUUUUUGGUCAUCUUUAUUUUGGAAAUACUUUUCUAGUUUAUUUUGUUAAUCUUUAUUUUGAAGGUACUUUGCUGGUCUGUUUUGAAUUUCAGUAAGUACAAAAUGACUUUUAAAACCUUGGCCAGUGAUAUACUACUUCAAAGGGACAAAUCCGUUCUAAGAGUGAUUUACUUAACAUUUUUUAUGCUAACGUUUUCUCCCAUUUUCAUACUGUUUCCACUAUAAGUAAAAUAAGGGACAUUAAAUGCUGUGGUAUAUAAAAAUAACAUCCCGAUUCUUUGGUACUGAGGAUAAUCAGUACGUCCAAUGGUACGUUGUCCUCUACCUGCUGUCAUUUCGUUUUCUGGUUGAAGAGUUGGAAAGCAGUCAGCUCAGACCAAGGGGCUUUGUGUUACCUUGAUAGCCCCACGAAACGGGAGUUCUUUUCUUUUUUUGAAAUAGGAGUUCUUCAUUGAUCUUUAUAGUGCAUUCCUGCUUGGAAGCGUCUAUGAUUUUGCAUAACUCCUGUCAUUUCAUUGACCCUGUCGAAAGUUAUCCCCAUGAUCUAUUA